AUGAACGGCCUCCUCUUCCCCAAACCCUUCCUUCAUCUCUCUCAGGAUUCUCUCUCUCUAAAUUCUUCAAUUUUUCUCUUCUUCAUAAUCCAUCACCAAAAUUUUCUCCUAAUCUUCGACGAAUUCGUUAGAAUGCCGUUGUUUUCCAGCAUCUCGGAGUCGAUGACGAGUGCAGUCAAAUCCCGGUUUGGUUACCACCCACAUCAGCAGCCGGACGCGGCGGAGAUAGCUCUGGCGCCAGAGAAGAGCUUCGGAUCUCCGGAUAUGCUUUUGAAAUCAGCUUCGAGAGAAAAUUUUCUGUUGCCGUCUGCUUCUUGUAAAGACAAGUCAUCUAAACUCGAUGACUGUGAAGCCACACAGUACGCUGGGGGCCGCAGUUUUGAGUUCCAAGAGGAUCCAAACUUUUGGAAAGAGCACAACGUUCAGGUUAUUAUUAGAUUGCGUCCCUUGAGUAGCUCUGAGAUGUCGGUUCAAGGCAAUAAUAGAUGUAUCAGGCAAGAUAGUUCUCAGACAAUUACUUGGACAGGGCACCCCGAAUCCCGGUUUACAUUUGAUCUCGUGGCUGACGAAAGUGUUAGCCAGGAAAUGCUAUUCAAGGUAGCUGGAGUGUCAUUGGUGGAGAAUUGCAUGGAAGGAUACAACAGCUGUAUGUUUGCUUAUGGUCAAACUGGAAGUGGCAAAACUCACACAAUGCUUGGAGAUAUUGAGGGAGGUACUCGGAGACACAGUGUUAACUGUGGCAUGACGCCUAGAGUAUUUGAGUACUUGUUCUCCAGAAUCCAAAAGGACAAAGAUGCUCGGCGGGAGGAAAAGUUAAAGUUUACUUGUAAAUGUUCUUUCCUUGAAAUUUACAAUGAGCAAAUUCUAGAUCUCUUGGAUCCUUCAUCUUCCAAUUUACAGAUAAGAGAAGACAAUAAGAAAGGUAUUUAUGUCGAAAAUAUCACUGAGAUAGAAGUCAAUAGUGCUCGAGAUGUGAUCCAGCAGCUAAUUCAGGGUGCAGCCAACAGAAAGGUUGCUGCAACUAACAUGAACCAUGCCAGUAGUCGCUCUCAUAGUGUGUUCACUUGUAUAAUAGAGAGUAAGUGGGAAUCCCAGGGGGUAACUCAUCAUCGGUUUGCUCGUCUUAAUCUCGUGGAUUUAGCCGGAUCUGAAAGGCAAAAGAGCUCCGGCGCAGAAGGUGAACGUUUGAAAGAAGCUACGAACAUCAACAAGUCUCUUUCUACUUUAGGGCUUGUUAUAAUGAACCUUGUUAGCAUAUCCAAUGGGAAGUCAAUACAUGUCCCUUACAGGGAUUCCAAGCUCACUUUUCUGCUUCAGGAUUCACUGGGAGGAAAUGCCAAAACAAUUAUCAUUGCAAACAUUAGUCCUUCUUCCUGCUGUUCGCUUGAGACACUGAGCACAUUAAAGUUCGCACAACGUGCCAAAUUUAUUAAAAAUCACGCAAUUGUCAAUGAAGACGCUUCUGGAGACGUGCUUGCUUUGAGGCUUGAGAACCAGAACCUCAAGAAAGAAGUUUCUCACUUGAGGAGCCUAAUCAAUGGCGAAGCUGAAAGCCAUGGUGCUGAUGCUUUAUCAAUAACAUUUCCUGGAUCUCCUGGAUCCUUUAAAUGGGAAGGACACCAUGGAUUUUCUAGUCCAAUUGUAUCUGAGAAAAAGAUGCCUCGUCUUCAUAAGAAAGAGUAUGAAGUUGCCCUUGUCGGAGUUCUCCGGAGGGAAAAGGAUAAAGACACUGCACUUCAAGCUUUGGCAGCAGAGAAUCAGGCAACUCUACAGUUGGCCAAACAGAGAGAAGAUGAAAUCCAAGGUUUAAAGAUGCGAUUACGAUUUCGAGAAUCAGGAAUAAAAAGACUUGAAGCUGUUGCAUCAGGAAAGAUCUCUGCCGAGAUUCACUUGCUAAAAGAAAGAGAGGAGCAUUUAAAGGAAAUAGAGGUGUUGCGUGCUCAGGUAGAUCGUAACCAGGAAGCAACAAGAUUUGCUAUGGAGAACUUGCGACUGAAAGAAGAGAUCAGAAGGCAAGAUUUUGUUGUAUCUAAUUUAUUCCAUUCAUCACCCUAUGACAAACUGAAGUCAUUCUGUGAAGAGGGUGAACGGGAAAGAUUAAAUGAACAGAUAAUGAUAUUAGAAACUAAGUUGCUAGAAGCUCUUGAUUGGAAACUCAUGCAUGAAUCAAAUCCCACUAACAUUCAGAAAGAAAGACAAGAUCAGAGUGAUGAUGAUUUUCUGAUAUCCAAUCAGGAAUCUGCAUCACCAUGGAGGACAUCAACCAAUGAGGAGAAUGAAUUCCUACGUAUGCAGGCCAUUCAGAACCAGUCAGAGCUCGACUCACUUCGUAAAAGACUCGACUUCAUUAUUGGCGAGAAUGAAAAACUAGAAAGGUACUGGCCAUCGUGAUUCCAGCUUUUGAUUUGCCUCUAGCUAAUAUCUCAUCUUUUCGAAUCUUAUAAAAUGUUAUCAGCGGAGUCUAAGAAUGCUAAUUGAUUGGGAUUCUGCUGAACAGCUUGUCUUCAUUUUACAAUAUUCUGAAGUGCUACAGGUGAAAUUUGGCUAAUGGCAAAUGUUGCUGUUAAAGUAAAGGGUCCGAUAAAAGAGAUACGUAAUAAUAUUGAUGACAUAAUAAUAGGGACAAACGAGAAGAUCUGCCCACCUAGAAACUUGCUCAACAGCCUAUGCUAUAACAAAAUAAAUCUCUUCUUCCCUAUCCUAUUGAUCACUCAACUCUUGUAUGCUUAACUAUAGCUAAUACAAAAAGGGAAUAAGAAAUAUAAAGGGUAAGAAAAUAAUGGCUCUGGAUAUUUUUUCUGCCUUCAUCUUUAAAUAUCUUUUGCAGGCAUGUCAAUGACUUGACAAACGAGCUCGAGGUGGAAAGACGUUCGAAAGAAACUACAUCCGAGGAGUCUGAGAAAGGACUCACCACACUUCCUUCUCUGGUAAGUAUUGGACAAUGUGACCAAUCUGAGAUCAAAACAAUGGUUGACGCCAUUGCAGCUGCCAGCCAACGAGAGGCACAAGCGCACGAGAUGGCAAUCUUCCUGGCCAAAGAGAAUGACGAGCUGCAGGCCAAGCUCAAGGUCCUAAUCGAGGACAACAAUAAACUGAUCGACCUGUAUGACAGUGCAGUCUCGGGAAAUCGUAUUCAGGCAGAUAGCAACGUUUGUUUAAAUAAUGCAACUGAGGAGAAGGAGCUCGAGAUGAAAGGAGACCUUGAGAGGCUAAAUUGUCAACUCACUGAAAUGCAUGAAGAACAUGAUAGGUUGUUUAGUUUGUAUGAAAAGGCCAUGCAAGAGAGGGACGAGCUGAAAAAGAUUAUUGAUAUUAGUCAGCAAAAGCUUGUUGAAGUUGAUGGAGACGAACAUCUCAGGUUUGACUGUGCUUCUACUUGCUCAGACAACGAACGUGACAGGGAGGAAUUGGUACAGGAUGGAAAAGUUAAUUCUGAUUUAGAAGACGAAACUUGUUUGCAUGAAGUACAAGUCGGGGAUGAGUACAGCCAGAGUUUGAUUGAUUCCGAAAUGAGAACAGUGGAUGAGGACGAGUUAAAAGAAAUAAACAAAUGUGAGGAAAUUCGUGCUAGCACAAUGGAUUUGUCAAAAGAAAUGGAUUCUAUAAGAAAGAAGAUUGCUGAAGCACAUGAAAAGCUUUCGUGCUCUGCACAAACAUUGACCGUGUUUGGCUCGCUCGAGCGAGCAUUAGUGGAGGUUGAUACUCUUUCAGAAAGAAUCAGCAAACUGGAGAAAAGCAUCUGGGCGAAAAAGCAGGAUCACGAAAAUCUGAAAUCUCUCUCGUCUGAGCUUCAGAAAAGAAAAGACGUGGCUGGCAAGAAACUAUCAGCUUUAAAGCACUCUCUGUCGAACUUUUCUUCUUCGAUUACUUAUUUCGAGCAGCGUGAGGCUCUAGCGAAGUCUAGAUUAGUUUAUUCCUCAGAAAACUUAUCCCGCAAAAAGGAGGAACUCAACAGUCUUGAGCUGUCCAGACAUGAAGUGACGGAUGCUCUCUCGAAAACUAAAGAAACUGAAGCCGAAUUGAGAAAACUUUCAGACAGCUUGAAGUCGAAAGUGGAGGAUGAACACAGGAAACUGGAAAACGAGAGGGUUCUCUUUGCCAUAGACAACGUUGAGAACAACAGGAACUGGCAGUCGAGUGGGAAAGCCACCGCUCUAUUGAAAUCCGAGGAGGAGAAAACAAAGCUACAAAACGAGAUAAAGCUGAACAGAGAAAGACUCGGGGUCGUGAAGAAAGAAGCCGAGGUCCUGACCAAGAAUCUCGGAAAAAUAGAAAGCGAGAGAAAAGCACUUGAAGCUGAAAUUCAGAAAGAGUCUGUACUCGUCGAGGAAAUGAGUCAGAAACUUGAGAAUAUUAUUAAGGAGAAAGCAAUGAUUCUGGAGAUUCGAGAGAAUGGGAAAAAUGAAUAUGAGACGAUGAUCGUGGAUUACUAUGAGAGGCUGUUCGAAAUGGAGUUGAAUGAGGAGGAAAUGAAAAUCAUGCGUGAGGAAGUUUUGGUGGGGCUGAUGGAAAUGGAAGGCUUACAGGCAGCGAGAGGCAAAGCUGUGCAGCGAAAGAGAGAGUUGCUUGAGGCAGUGUCGUUUGGGGAGACAAGCUUUGUGUCGGAGAAGGUUGAGGCGGAUGUUCGUAGUGUACGGACAUCGGUUUUGGAGCUGAACUCAUUGCUCGAACAAUGUGGUUUAGUGGGGUCACAAAUCUGUGCAUGA